AUGACGAUGAUGGAUUGGUGCGCGAAAGUCCUCGGAUUGAGCGACGAAUUCCUCAACAGUUCACAAACUGGAGGCGGUGUUAUUCAGACAUCAUCCUCCGAUGCCCUCUUGGUAAUCACGGUUGCAGCGCGUGCACGCUAUUUGCGUGAGCAUCCGGGUACGAAGCUGGAGGACCUCGUCAUGUACGUGUCCUCGCAGACCCACUCCAUGGGCGUCAAGACGGGGCUCGUAUUCGGCCUUGCGUGCCGCGUACUGGAAGUCUCUGCGGACGAUGAGUAUGGUCUACGUGGAGCGGUGGUGAAGAAGGCCUUGGAGGAGGACCUCGCCAACGGCAAGCAUCCUUUCCUCGUAGUUGGGUCUGUCGGGACAACUUCGUCCGGUGCAAUCGACCGCGUGGGCGAGAUCGGUGAAACCUUGCGAGAAUACCCGUCUAUCUGGUUCCACGUAGACGCUGCGUGGGCCGGCGUGGCACUUUCUUGCCCCGAAAAUCGGGAGAUCGCCCAGCUCGCGAGCAUCAACAAAGAGGAUUUGACAGAGGCGCUGGAGGUGACUCCACCUUUUUUGCGGACCAAACAGGGCGAUGCGCGAGCCGUCGUUGAUUAUCGCAACUGGAACCUGGGACUCGGAAGACGAUUCCGCUCGCUGAAGGUCUGGUUCGUGCUGAGGAGCUACGGCGUGGAGGGGUUCCAGAAGCACAUCCGUAAGGGCAUCGCGCUGAAUAACCACUUCGUUUCGCUCGUAUCCGCGUCCCCGCUCUUCUCGCUUGUUGCCCCGCCAUCAUUUGCGCUCACCGUAUUCCGGCUGACGCCGCAGACCGUGCUGCCCGUAUCUACGGCCCCGCUCACGGAAUCGCUAUUAAAUGACGUAAACCGCGCGCUCUACGUGCGCAUCACGGCGCGGCCGGAGAUCCUGCUGACGCAGACGGUGCUUAACGGCACGGUCUGUUUGCGCUUUGCGGUCGGCGCAACACGGACAGAGACAGAGCAUGUCGAAAUGGCAUGGCAGCUGAUCCAGGAGGAAGCAGGGGUGGUCGUCGAGGAGUUGAAACAAAGAUUGGCUAGCAGUGGUUAG